AUGAGUUCUGUCAUACAAAAGAUAAAGAGAAAGAAAAGCAACGCUCGUGAUUUUCAAAUCACAGCAUCAAUAAACUUGCUGACCAUCGAAUGUCAGCCAGAUAACAGGUAAGCGACAAAAAAAAGAAGGGCCGGAAGUGAUCGAAAAAAAAACAAUACCCAACAGGCCUGUCAGGCGAAGCCUUCCUCACAUGGAUGGUUUUAAUACUGAUUUCAAGUGUUAUUGUUCAAUAUUUAGACACACUCUCGAUAAUUUCGCUCUAGUAUCGUUAAUUGAGCUUGUACAUUGGGAAGAAAAUCUUAUUAUGUUUUUUUUAAAAAGCUAUGUUUCCCUAUCGUUGCCAGUAAUUUAAAGCGGGGAGGGGUCUGAGGGUUUUAAGUUUGUCACUUGUUCAACCGGGAAAAGUUUUUCAAAGAUGGCGGCCUAAACAGCUUGAGAAAUUGAAAGUAUAUUCCAUACGUUUGAGUACUGUAAGUUUAUUUUUUUCAUGGACAAACUACUAGGUGAAAGAUUUUUUUUGAUCGCGUUUUAGUUCCUCAGUUUUUUUUUUACAUAAAAACUGACUUAAAUGUAGUAAGUUAUGUUAAAAUUUGCUGUUGUUGUUGCUUUUUUUCCAGUUAAUUUUGAAUCUCACUUCUUUGCUCGUCGCUUUUUUCCUAGGCAUCCUAACAAGCUCAUCAUUCUGUGGGGCAAAGAAAACAACAGUUGCCAAACUAAGGUAUUUUAUUGCUCUAUUAUUUACGGUUAAAAUCGUUGAACUCCCAACUGUGUACUAAUGAUAUUUAAAAACUUUGUCUUUUUAGCCGGUUCCAUGGCAGCCGGGAUUUUUCAAUCCAUACCGCGGCACUCAUGUGUGGCCAGAGCCGGAUCCGGUGAAAAACACUUUCAAACUCUUCAAGGUAAAGAGCCUCUUAUCAUCAUGUUCAAGCUACCUUUAAGACGUAUAUAAGCUUCAGCUUAAGCGUACGAAAUGUGGCUGUAGGUUGCAAGGGCUCAUGAAUAUUUCUUCAAUAUCAGUUAUUCGUUACAAUUUAGCACAAAAACUUACCGACGUUUCACUAAGAUUACCGACCGUUAGUCUAUGCAUGCUUGAUCUAUGAGAUCUGUUUUUUCUUCUCUUAGAAUCCAAAACGAGCUGGUACUUACGAAGACUGCCCUUGGAGGAUUGUUGUCCAGAAUGUAAGUUUGCAUUUGUACCACCUGUCAAAGAUUUCAAAACCAUGCUGUAGCGGUAACCUUUUGGACUUUGAAAUAAAAUACGAGAAACAAAUCCUUAUUUACAAAGCCUACCGCGAAGAAUAGAGGAAUUUGCUCAGAAAACGUUUAGAAAUAUUAAACAGGCAUUCUUGAACAUCAAACGUCGGAAAACGUUUCAAGUAUUUUCAGUACAAUGUUCAAAAAACCCACUGCCUAUUUGCCAGCGACAUCUGUCUUAAACGCACUAUUUCUCCGUCGUUUGUGCAAUUCAUUUUCGUUGGUCUCUUUACAACAAUUUUUAUCCCCUUUUUUCGCAGGAGUGUGAAAAUGGUCGGCGCCAGGUUAUUGCUACGGGCUGCAUUGAUCUAGCGGAUUAUAUCAGCGAGACAAACAAAACAUUCGAGAUAACUGUCACAUUAAAACCAGCAAUGAGAAACGUUCUGUCGGGAGCAAUCGAGUUUAACUUAACCUCUGUGAUGUUGGAAAAUGGAAUACCAUAGUGAGUAUCGUGUAAUUUAAUAAGCAUUUCUUCUCUAAGAAACUUGCAUUUCUUCGUUCCUGUUUUGACGGGGCAUAAACUUGUAAAGAGAUUGUCUCAUGUCAGGUUACUUUAGAGCCGCUCUAGAGCAUAUAGUUGGGAUUAAAAUGGUCGAGUACAGGGCGCAAUCUUUUAUCACAGCAGUAGUAUCAUCUCUACAUGCACUCCUAGGUCAGCAGUUGCGCUAGAAUUUCAACUUAAAUUCAAACUGAGUGCCCUUAGAUAGACUGAGGAGACUGAAUAACGUUUUUCUAAAGCUGUCAUGAGCUGUUGCUUACUCGAAAUGAGGAAGGGUGGAAAUAAGUCCAGUCCUCGACUUCUUCUCGAGAAACAUCAGGACUCUCGGGAAAACAAAACUAUCUGUUUCCCUCGGGAUCUGACAAUAAGUGUAUAAUGUACGAGCGGUUACAGCGAGGUUUAAUGAAUUUCCAGCUUCAAAAUUUCCAGAUUUAAAACAAAUCAUGCAAACUGUUAAUUUUGUUUACCGAGAAUCCGUUUAUGUUUCCCGAGGUGUCACCCAUGCUCGUUCCAUUUCGCAUUCAAUUCAUAUUUUGCUUGUAUUUAUCACAGUCGAAGCGAUAAGGAAAUAUUCCAAGAAAUCAUGGCAGACAAUUUUAAAUCAGCCAAGCAUAGAAUUGCCAAAAGUGCUGUGUCUUCCGUGGAGCACAUGGAUCCACUUCUGUUUUCCUUUGUUGAUAAACCAUCAGAGAUUGCUCAUACACCAAGGAAAAGAAAGAGCAAGAAAGGAAGAACCAAAGAAAGAACAAAUAACACGCCUGACGGUGUUAACAACGGUCAUGAAAAAGAAGCAAAGGUGGAAAAGAAAAUUUCUCAACCACCGCAGCCGGCAGCUCAUUCAAACUGCCACAAGACUGCAGAGUCUGUGACUUGUGCUGAAGAUAACAACAACAACAACCUGAAAGCCAUAACACCUUCAGCAGAUGAAGGAAAAGAAUCUUCUAAUACUGAUACACCUGCAAAUGUUGAAGGAAAAAAAGACAGUCGCAAGACCAAAAGCCUAAAAGAUUUAACCUCUGGUGCAACCUCCAAACCAGCUGAACAAUCUCUGGCAUCCAAUGGCGUGUUGUCAACCAAACCAGAAACAACACAAGUAAGUGAACAGGAAACAAGAAACAAUUUAGCUCCAGAGCAAGGCGAGGAAAAGGCUUCACUCGAAGAAGUUCAUUCAAUACCAAGUUAUCGACCAAAGCUCAGUGUGUUUAUAAAAGGCAAAAAACAGCCCAAGGCCAGCGGGAAGGAGACAUCAGAACUGUUUCCCAAGGAAGAUGGCUCCUCUGGAUGCGGCGGAAAUCUCGAUGAGCCUCAUGGCUCUGGAAGAUCUGGUCAACUCACUGCACCUAAGACAGAUAUGCCUGGUGAAAUGAAGGAAAUUACUUCAGCUGAUUCACACGACGAUAACGAAAUGAUGUCUCCAUUCUUUAAGAAGCUGUUGGAGAAUGGUCCGAAUAAAGGUACAAAAGCAAAAUAAGGACAAUUUGAAAUUUUCGUAAUAAUUGAGAAAUUAAUUUUUCUAGUUCUCACCUAGUAUUUAUAAAAGCGCGCUCAGUAAAUUUUGACUUUGUUUCUGUCUAGAAAUUAUAUUGGGAGACUUUUGCGUAAUAAGAAUACACAUUGCGUGGCCGUUGUCAGGCAGUUAGCGUGGAGGAGGCACAAUCACCGAUCACCGACGAAGGCACGAGUCCCUUGGAGGGUCUAAAGGCCGGUUUUUCACCAGCGAUGGAGUCCGAGUCGGAAUCGUAAGCGGAGUCGUAAGAGCGCUUAUGACUUUGUGAAAAUCAAAAAAUUGGAGUCGAAAGCGGAGUAAUAAGAACGACGAAAUCGGAGUCGGGAGAAUCAGAACGUUUCCAUUUUCUUCCGACUCCGCUUACGACUCCGUCGCUUACGAUCUAGUAAAAAUCAGAUCGCCGGGGUCGGAAGCAUAAGAAGAAGGAUAAAACCAAUCAUGAGGCACGUCCCCAUGCUUUGUGAUUGGUUUAGUUCUUCUGCUUCUUCACUACACAUCGUAAAACGGUGGAGUUGUAAGUGGAAUUAGAAAGCUGUUUUCACUAGAUCGUAAAGUUCUACGCUUCUGAUUAUAACUCCGAUUCCGACUCCGUCGCUAAUGAAAACCAGUCUUAAGGCCAUGUUCCCCCCACGCCCCGCGAAAAUAAAAAAGGGAGAAGGUCUCAAGAAAUAUUAUCAGAAUAUUUCACCAUAAUUCAUGUUUAUUUUCAGCAGCGUCUGUGAAUUACCCUGAACUGUCAGCUUAUGUGAGCGCAGAGAUGAAGUCACUCCAGGAAGAAGUUGCUUCUUUGGAAAAAGUAGCAGUCAUGCUAGAAUCUGAAAUGCGUCAGGCAAUAGGAAUUGAAGGUCAGUUCAGGCUUUAAUUCCUUUAAUCACAAAAGCUUAAGCAUGUUUAAUGAUUAGUAGUACCGGUUCUGCAAUCUGUAUAUAGACUUGAGGCCAAGGCUCUUGCUUCGCUUGCGUAGCAGGCGCCGAUUAACUUUUAUUUAAAGGCCGCGCGAGGGGAACAAGAGUGUCCUCGAGAUUUCUUCGUGGACAGGCAAUUUCACUUCCGGUCGAUGGCGUCAUUGCUUUUAGCCAACGCCACGAGCAGCUAAUCAUAUCAAUCAUUAGUGCGCGAACCCGGCAAAAUUUGAAAACAUUUUGCUAAAUUGCUACUUUCAAACAAUAAAGCAUGUCUGCCCCUGGGUUUGAAAAUAUGGAGAAGUAAACAAAAGGAAAAGAAAAACCAAACAAAACAAACUUUUUCCCUAGCAACGGCUUCAAAAGAUAGGUCACUGGGCCCUUAAAAGAAAAAAACCGGCGCCUGCCUAGCUCUGCUAGUCUUCUUGAGAUGGUAGCAACAUUCAACUGAGUUUUUUGAAAUAUCUUAGUAUUAUUUCUUUGUUUUUCGGUUCCAGUUGUGUUUAUAGAUGAUUCGUAGAAUCAGUCAAAAUUGAGUUUAUGAUUAUGCGAUCAAUAUGUUGUAUUUAGAGUGCAAAGAGAAGUUGGAUGGUCUAAAACAGGACUGGAUGAUCUUGUUGAGUAACAUAGACGAGCUGGAAAAGAGAAAAGCCGAUCUUCAAAUUCUGUAAGUGAUACUUUAAUUAUCGUCUACUGGCAAAACGUCUUUUGUAGUGUUCCGUUAAAGAAAGUCAGUCUUUACAAUGUCAGAAGCCAAUGUAUAAUACAGUAAACACCCGCAUAUAAGAACACACGAUUUCGGAGGUCAGGCUGAUUGAGUUCUUAUUUAUCGGGUGCUUAAUGACAAAUCAGCCUCAAAAUGUUCUUAAAUUUUUAUUAAGUAAUACUAUCCAAAACAUGUUGCUAGAGGUAUAUUUUAAGCAUAUUUUAGCAAAAUAAAAUAAAAAAUUAUCCUGUAAUUUGAUCAUAUUAUAUAUUAUAUUAUAUCAUAAACUUACAUGUUUUGUAAUCAUGACACUUUUUCCAUUUUAUAAGAACAAGUUACAAUUUUCAGGCUGAUCUUGUUCUUAUAAAAAUGGGGCUUUAUUGGCCAAAUUUCAGCCUGGUGUUCUUAAUCCGUUUGUUCUUAUAUGCGGGUGUUUACUGUAAAGCUUCAACACCGUGUCCAGGAUGGUAUACCAUGGGUCGUGAUAACGGCGUCUGUUUUGUGCACAGGCACACCAAGAGGGCAAGUUACUUCACGAAAAACUUAUUGUAAAGCCAAAAAACCUCACUACAGCUAGUCAAACUCUUCUCACGGGUAGUAUUACGAGUACGGGUUUAUGUGAAAACACUACUGCACUACCACUACUACUACUGCUUUGAUCUACAUUCCCUAUUUACUCGAAUAAACGCCUCUCAAAUGAACACCCCAGUUGGAAGCAACUUUACCAAUAACCGCAGCCAACGAUAAAACGCCGCACCCAAUCAGAAAAAUGCGGAGUUUAUUCUAGAACUCGUUCAACUUGGUAAUCUACAACAUUCAUACUCUCCUUUCUCAGCAAAAAAGCGAGACUUCAGAACUCUAAGCACCUUUCUUUUAACAUGUUUACAAAUGAUUUACGGUAAUUUUUGUCAGUGCUUAAGAAAUGUUUUUGCAAAGUUAACACAGCAUCCGAAGCGCGAAAAACGUAUAACGCCGCGACGUGUUUAAUCGAGUAAAUAAGGAAGCUGGUAUAUCUAUCUUCAUAUAAAAAAUGUCUUUAUCUUCUACUUAUCUCUUCAGUGAAAAACAGGAGGAUCUUGAACAUUGUUGUGAUAUCCUCAGAAACGAACUCAAACUUUUCUUCACACUGGAAGGUAUAUUAACAUUGUGCAUUCAUAUUGCUAAUGACACAAAAACACUGUUUGUUAUCAACAAUAUAUAUAGUUUCGCCGAACCGGUGAAAUAAUACGUGGUGCCUGAAUCAAUUUGACGAGUGGGAGGAAUUAUCGAAAGAAGAGUGGAAUGUUGCUAAUUUCCCUUUCAAUUUAACCUUGGCGCGUUUAGCAGAAAGCUUUUCCACAAUAAACUCCCCGAGAAUUUAACAAUAACUUCCAUUAAGUUAUUAUCCCAAUAAAGAUUGAAAGUGAGAACGCAUUUAAAGUGAAAAUAGGGACGCACAAUUCUUGGCCAUCACCGCGAUACAGAAGGUUUGCAGGAAUCCGAGAUCAUUUCCGAAACAAACUGUGAGAGUGUGUCACCUAGACAGUCAGUGAAGGAGUGAAACUUAAAAUUGUCGUUUAACAGCUGAGCUAAUAAGGCAAAUUGGCCACCCUUAAAGGGUUUCGAUUGUCUGUGUUGCUAGUUGUUGUUGUUGUUUUUGUGGAAUAGUCAAGCGAAACAAAGCUGCACACGAGAGGGUCCGCCUCCCAAAAAGCUUGAGUGCACCGCGGCCUUUUCUUGUUUAUCUUGUUUACACCUGAUAAACAAGGGAUUACUAUAACGAACGUGUACCAAGGACUAAUAAAAAAAAACAGUUUCAAGACAAAUGAUAUUUGGUCGUUACAUUUUCAGAUUGGCGUAGAACAGACUAUCACAAAAUGCAAGAGGCCAAGCUUCUUGAUAUUCUCCAUUGCCUUAAAGAUAAACAAAGAGAAACUUGCUGAAUUGAAAAAGAACUUGGUGAGUAAUUACUAGCGUCUUUUUUUGUUUUAAGAUCAGUUAACUCUCUAAUUGUUAAUGUAACCCAUGUCUGCAGAUUGUUAGCCAGGAUGCUUAUUUGCUUUUUAUUUCACCCAAGCAUAAAAAAGUCGCGGAUCUGAUCUUACUAGGCCAAUGUUUAAUUCCAUCAUUCCAUAUCCUCUCUUGAUUCCAUCUAUCGUAAACCAUUCUGGCUGAAUAGAAGACAAAACUGAUUGAUCAGGGAAGCUGGGUGUAGACUAGUGAAAUGGAAUCACGAGACAGAACGCCAAAUCACUUUUCCGUUUUUGUGAAUUUUAUCAUUAACAUAUUUUUUUAAAAAAACGAAGAUAUGAUCGUCGCAGUAGUUAUUGCAAUUUAAGAAAUUACAAAUUGACCCGAAAAAGUUUCGGGACUUCAUCAAGAUUCGAAUCCAUGGCCUCUGCAUUAGCCCUGCAGUGCUUUAACAACUGAGCAAUGAAGACCCAUACAUUGGGAGCAGGCCAAUAAUGACUAACAGAUUUGUUUUAUUCUUCUUGAUUUCAGAUUCUUUCCUAUUCUGCUGUAAAUUGUAAAAACGCAAAUACUUAUAAAUGUGUAAAUAGAAACUAAUUUAAACC